GUAGCAUCAUUGAUCGAAUCAACAGAGCCGGUUAUCAUCGGAGAGGCUCCUCCUUCCACUUGGGAGCACACAUCUGCUCGUCGCAUGUUUGCUGAUCGGCAUACAGACUAUGGUGGCCCAGAACGUGUGGGGACAAGUGUUGCACAGACCAGAGUCAAGAAGGGAAAGAAUAGAGCU